AAAUGUGACAGUGUAGUUUUCCGCUUCCAUAAACAAGACGACUGCCAGAGUUAGCCGCCAGUCGGUCCUGUGUGCCUCUGGGCUGAGUCUCCCUUCUGAGGGAGACAGACAUACUGACAGAAAAAGUGAGCAAGGGACGGCAGAGGGAGAAAGUGCGAGAACAGGAAAGGGGGGAAGCAGAAAGUGAGGAAACCCCAUCAGGAGAAAAGCGAGACCGAAGGAUUGACAGAAAAAGAGGACAAGGGAGAAGGAGAGACGGUAAAAGACAGACUGUCAGUUCAAUCAGUCUGUCUGUCUUCUCCUCUGACAGAAAAGACAAAGUCAUGGCUGGGAACGACACAAAUGUCUUUCUGGAAAUACUUCAGUCUUUUGAUGCUGUCCCUCUUAUCAUAGCUUUCUGUGUGUCCAUGGCGGUUGGCCUGGUCUUAGGGGCUUUGGUUUACGUGCUCUUGACCUGGAUGUCCAGACGCAAAGCAGGCUCAGCCAGAAUCACUCGCCGCCCUCCUCGCCAAUCACGUACGUCUUCACGCAACCGCCCAGGCUUUAACCGCAACAGCAGCUACGACAGGCGCAGCAACAACAGCUUGGUCAGUGCUGCUUUCAGCUUUCACCGCCAGACUUCCUCCCCAGAUCAGUAUGACCCACUGGGCCACAAAUCCAGCUUCAGGGCCUCUACCUUCCACCCUCUACUCCAGUGCAGCCAAAUCGCAAGGGAGGCAGAGGAGGGGAGCCAGACCACGCUGCCUCGUACGCCGACUCUGACCACGUCGGCUGGAUCGGCUCAAACAGCAGCCCAGGCGGCUGCCACCCCACCAAGACCAGAGUCAUUUUGGGGCAACGGUGGCCUGAGGGGUUUCCAUGCUACACAGACCCCACCUCCAGCUUAUGAGAGCAUUAUUAGGGCUUAUCAGGAAACAUGCACCUGAGAGGAGUCAGAGCACCGGGCUGACUCGAACUAAAUAAACUCAGAGUUGUAAAUGGAUUAACGAAUGAUGUUGGACUAAAUCUGUAUUGAUUUGUAAGACCAGGUGGAGCUGGGCGGAGCGAAGGCCAAUGUAAAGGUCAAGUGUGUUCCACACUCAACAAAGUAAGACCCCUGAAACAACAAACAGUUUUGUAUGUUUUUGGUUUGUUAAUAUAUAUCUGGUGUUGACUUAAGCAUAACUGCCUUUCAUCAUUCAAUACUGACGGAUUUUUUUUUUAAUGUGGCAAUGGCUGCUUACAAACAAUUUACUCCUUUAUUAGCAGUCUGUAUUCAGUGGUGAUUGACACUCGUGUAUGCUUGCACAGAAUCUUUUUUUUUAAUUAAGACAAGGCAAAAAAACCUACGAAUAAAGACAGGUGACUGGGCAUUUAUGCUGCAAAGCAAUACUUCUCAUUCGUCCCUGCUGAUAAUAUAACUAUGCAAAAGAGCGAUUGAUAGUAUGUGUGAACCCCAAAUGAGGGCAAGUGUUUGUGUUUAUUUUAUGGUUACUAAAACAUUUUAAAAAUGUGUCAUUUGACAUAUUAGUGCAGAGCCCUGUGGAGACAGCCUUAAGUGUAUUUGAUGUUUCAACUGUUGCCUCAAAUGUUUUAUAGACCUGUGGUAAUAAGGGUGUGUGGCAUUCAAAGUUAUUUAGUGUGUGUUUGCAUGUUCAGUACGUGUGAGCGUGGGCAUUGUGAUGUUUUUGUAUUUUAUAUGUGAAUGUACUUUGCUGAACUUUUAACAUAAGUUAAUGUAAUAAAAGCAAGAAUCAAAAGCAA